GAAUAGAUAAUUAGUUUGCAGCUCUGUUUGUCAACUUGUCACUUAGAACGAUCCUUCAGGAUAGUGUAAGGUCUCCAACAAAGCAAGCACCGUCAUCUCCUCCUUCCAUAACUCCUCUUCUCCUCUUCUAUAUAAGACACCUACACUGCACCACACUUCCUCCUCUUCCUCCUCCUCCUCCUCCUCUCUCUUGAUUCUUGCUUUUAACGCUUGUAAAAUGGCUGAGGAUUAUGUCCCAUGUGAUUCUAAUAAUCAUGCAUUGAAUACGGAAGAAGGAGCGAAUGACUCGCUAGUUGUUUGUUUCGGGGAAAUGUUGAUUGACUUUGUACCAACAGUUGGUGGGGUUUCACUGGCUGAAGCACCUGCUUUCAAGAAGGCUCCUGGUGGUGCUCCUGCUAAUGUGGCCGUUGGUAUAUCAAGACUAGGUGGUUCAUCAGCUUUUAUAGGCAAGCUUGGUGAUGAUGAUUUUGGGUACAUGCUGUCUGACAUUUUGAAACGAAACAAUGUGGAUAAUUCUGGUGUGCGAUUUGAUUCCACUGCGAGGACUGCUCUGGCAUUUAUUACGCUCAGAGCUGAUGGUGAGCGUGAAUUCUUAUUUUUCCGUCAUCCAAGUGCAGACAUGCUUCUUCAAGAAUCAGAAUUAGAUACAAACCUCCUUGAGCAGGCCAGGAUCUUUCAUUAUGGAUCAAUUAGUUUGAUUUCAGAACCUUGCAGGUCAAGCCAUAUUGCAGCGAUGAGAAUUGCCAAAAAGUCUGGCAGCAUCCUUUCUUAUGAUCCAAAUUUGAGAUUGGCAUUAUGGCCAUCAGCUGAGGCUGCUAGGGAAGGCAUAAUGAGCAUAUGGGAACAAGCUGAUGUUAUUAAGAUAAGUGAGGAAGAAAUUACUUUCUUAACUGGAUGUGAUGAUCAUACUGAUGAUAAAGUGGUCUUGGACAAGCUUUUUCAUCCCAAUCUGAAGCUUCUGAUUGUAACUGAAGGGUCAGAAGGUUGCCGGUAUUACACCAAGGAAUUCAAAGGCCGUGUUCCUGGUGUUAAGGUGAAGCCUGUUGACACCACUGGUGCAGGCGAUGCGUUUGUUGGUGGGAUGUUGAGCAACCUAGCUUUUAACCUAAAUCUAUUCGAGGAUGAGAAGCUAUUAAGGGAAGCUCUUUUGUUUGCAAAUGCCUGCGGUGCUGUCACAGUAACAGAGAGAGGUGCAAUCCCUGCACUACCUACCAAAGAAGCCGUCCUGAAACUUUUAGAGAAAGUCUCCCCAGGAUGGAAAGCACAGACAUAAAUCAACCCUCGUGUUCUUUCUUGUGCCAAGUUGUUGUAGUUUGAAAUCUUUGCAUAACACCUUUGGUUUUCGCUUGUUGUUCUUCUCUUUCAUGCUCAUGAACAUCAAAGGUUGUAAUAAUCAAUCCCUACAAGCAUUGUAGAUUUGAUUAUUUAAUAAAAUCAAUGAUCUCAAAUCUAGUUUCAACAUGAUCA